CAAUUACAUUCAAAUAAAUCAAUGAUUUAAGACUCUGCAUUUAUGAUGGUUGUGGUUGAACUCUCUUCCUACAUUAUGAUUAUAGUGAAAGAGAAAAAGACAAUUAUUCACUAGAAAUAAGCGUUGAAAGACGGUCGUAUUUGAUAACUGACCAAAACUUAUAUUACGGCGCCUUCACCAUUUUUGGUGUUGGCCUCAUAUUGGUGAUGUGUGUGAACUUUAAACUUGUGGUCACACGUGUUUCAUGUUUUCCCGUCAAGAGGAAUGAGUUGAAGGCUCAAAACCUUCCGAAUUAACACCCAAAAUGAAGUCGAAAUCAUCAAAUCACAGAAAUGAAAACACAUACAGGUUCCAGACGUUUUCCGAGCGGAUAUCCAAUAUCAACAUCGAUGUCAUCAGAAAAGGAGGUCGUAUUGACCGAACACCAGACGAUUCGGAUACUUUCUUUGCUGCGGGUUUAGCCAAAUGGAUGGACCUCAACUGUACUCAAGAUUUCACUAAUUUCACGAGGGACAUCUCUGGUCAAGUUGAUAGUUUCCCCCAGCUUGUCCACCAUGAAGAGGAGAUUAUAACAGCUCUCAAGACACAUCUAAAGGUUAAGAAAAGCCUGGCGUACCAGCCUCUACUUGACUUGCUUGUGCAACUGGCCAGGGAUCUCCAGACUGACUUCUAUCCACACUUUGAAGAGUUCUUCAGUAUCAUUGUCUCUCUCCUCAACACCCAAGACACAGAGCUCCUUGAGAAUGCCUUCCGGUCGUUUGGCUACCUCUUCAAGUUCCUGUGGCGGUAUCUUGUCAGAGACAUCCACAACGUUUUCAGGUUUUAUUCGCCUCUCCUGAGCGAGCACCAGAAGGAACACAUCCGUAACUUUGCUGCGGAGAGCUUUGCAUUCCUCAUGAGGAAGGUCAAGGAUCACGGUGACCUCUUUGACAUGAUGCUGCAAAGCCUGGAAGAGAAUCCUGAUCAAACUACAGGUCUCGGGAGAUUAGUGUUUGAGAUGAUCAAAAGCGUCAAGAAACAGUUCCACUCAUGUACAGAAAAGGUUCUUCCCAUUCUGCUGAGUAAAUUAGGACCGGUGCAUUCCGCUGAGGGCGUCGCCAAACAGUUGCCAUGGAAACUGUGUCUGGAGACGCUAAGCGCCACAUUUGAGUUCAUGGCAGAGUGGACGACCAAGGACCAUGCAGGAGUGAUAUGCAAAAUACUUCAGGAAGCCGUGACAGCAAAGUACAACCACCUGAUCUCUGAGACGGAUGACACCAGAAGGGAUGAGUUUGCUGACCAUCUUAGCGGACUAGUCAUCUUGAUGAACCAAUGGGUUGGUUAUCAUGGAGGUUAUCUGAUACAACACCCUGACUCAUAUGCAGCUGUGAUUUUGAAGUUGAUAGCGGAUGGUGCAAUCCAAGGACAAUGUGCAGAUGCUGUGCUGGACCUAACAGCAACUUUACUCAAUACAACCCAGUGUGACCUUAAUAAUGAGUCCGUCACUAGUCUCAUUACGGCGGUAUUCAGCAGUAGCUUUGAACAGGUCCAGGUACUACACUUCAGUCGUCAACUCUUCGACAUGGGAUCUUUUGAAAAGGAUGUUCUACACCCUCUGUUGCACUUUUGCCACGCUGUGAUGAGUGAAACGGCGCCCUCGUCGUCCAGCAUGCAUCAAGGCGUCUUGUUCACACUCUGCAAUCUGAUCCUCAGUAAGCAGCCGCCCAUAACAGACGGUGCUAUGCUGGACGGGUACUCACCGUAUGUUGUUGACUUCAGUCUGGAUGUUUACAAAAGCCAAACCAAGAAGAAGAGCAAGAAGCAUGCAGCAAAUUUCCCAGAGUACCUCGUGUCGUUACUUGAGUUCAGCCCAGAGUUACUCGGCCAAGAAAAUGUAGUGUCUGCACUGUGGGGCGCCCUCGUUUGUCUACCUAGUGUCAGACCCCUUGAUGGUCGGAAUGUGACGCCCAAGUUGAAGGGCCUCGUUGAGACGCUGUGGGAAACAGCCGAACAGCAAGAGGGUACAACCAAAGACACACUGUUGUACCUGUUAUCGCAAGCUUCAUGCACGCUACUCCUCUGUGGUAAAGAAGAACCAACUCAAUCUCUCUUAGAAGAAGACUUCAUUCUGAAAGUUCUCAGAUCGUGUCCAACGUCUUCUCACGUACUCCUUGUAGGAGAUCUAUACUUCACCCAAUCAGCCAUUCUUGGAAACACCAGCGUUCUUUCUGACGAGAACCUUCAGACCCUGUUCCCGGUUCUGCAGCCAAAUCUGUCCUCACCACACAAGCAGGUGAGGACGUUGACACUGCGGAUAUUGUCACAGUUUCCAGUUAAACUCCCUUCAAUACCAGAUCUUCCCGUCCGUCAGGUGUGUGUCUUCAAACUGUGUCUGGAGGCUGAGCUGGUUCCAACAUCCGUGGAGAACUACCGGGAGAAACUCAAGCAACUCCAGAAGUUAAGCUUUGAUGCGGUCCUGCCUAACGUACCUGUUGGUAACUUCAAAGAGGUGGCCUUAAGAUUUCUAAUUGGAACACUCUAUGUGAACUUUCAGCUGCUUUGGCAACCAACCAUGGAGCUUAUUAAGUCUCACGCCUAUGGUAUGGAGAAAAAGUGUUUCUGGUCUGUCUACAUGGAACAUCUGAACGACUUGGCGUCAGUUCACGAGUCUGCUAUCCGUCUCAGAGAUGACGCCUCAACCCCGACCCUCGAAGACUCCUCGGAGAUGGAUUCAGAGGACACGCAGGAUCUGACGGAGCUGUAUGGGAAGGUUUACAGUGAAAGUACGGCCGAUGCUGAUAGGCCAGACCCCUGGAAUGUCAGACAGAUGAUGUGGAGAACGAUGGGUCUGUUUGCUGAUCGGGCAGAGGGUCGCUCGAGGGACCUUGUGCCUCUACUCUUCAGAUUCAUCGAAAAUGAGUUUCAGCAGUCGAAUGUCAACAAUGCCCCAGCGCAAGACAUCAGAGUCAGAUCUAGUCAAAAUUCUGACGCCAACGUUGAUACCAGCAUGGAUCAGAGGGAAGAUGGGGAUGAAUCAUGGGCGGAGCUCCAGGAAAAUGAGGAGGAGGAGGAGGAGGUGGAGGAGACUCCGAGACGAGGAAGGAGGAAAGGAAAGAGAAAGAAAAUCAAAGGAUCAGUUUAUCGAGCAUUAGUCACCUACCUUCAGCUUUUCAGCCGAUUCAAGGAUCCCAAGUCAAUGUACAAGGAACCACAACUACGCCAGCUCUAUCUGAAGUUGUUGUCCAGUAACUUCCCAGACAUCCAGAAGACCGUCUUGGCCUGCCUGAUGACCUACAACCACCCCUACCUCAACCCCUACAAGGAAAACCUCGACGGGCUCAUGGAAGACAAGAAGUUCCGUGGGAUGCUGGUGCAGUUUAGCAUUGACGAGACGGCGGGCGUGGUGGCAGCCAAUCACAGGGAAGGACUUCUGCCGGUACUCAUGAGGAUUCUUUACGGAAAGAUGAUGAGCAAGACGGGACCUGGCACCCAAGGAAAGAGCGGGGGUGCUGUUCGCCGCGCUACAAUCUUACGCUUCAUCGCUGGUUCCACGGCCAGCGAGAUGGGUGUGUUUCUGGACCUUGUUUUAGAGCCAUGUCAGCCCAUCAUUAAAGAUGAUUGUCGAUUGAUGGUGACUUCGUACCUUGAGUCAUUGACACUUCCUGCUGUUAUUCCACUCAAAAAACAGCAAAGUAUGCUGGACACCAUAGGCAUGAUAUUCAGUAAGUUAGGUCUUGCGAUCGCACCCUACGCUACCACCAUCCUCCAUCUUAUCACCUCCCUGUUGGCCAGUUACGACCGAUUGCUAGACCAGCGAGAACAGAUACAAAUCUAUGCUGUUGGCCAGCUGAAGAAACUUCGCCAGCUAGCCCUCCUGCGAUUGGUUGAAUUCUUUGGGGUCUUUGAAGAGCACCUGUUCUCAGCCAAUGAGAUUGAUUGUAUCUUCGAGGCAGCGGUGUGGCCCCAGAUUGGCAGCCUGGCCAAUGAGUGUCUAGCCACUCCAACGCCCCUGUUGAAACUCAUUCUUGCGUGGAGUAAAAACCCAAGAUUUCAUCCCCUCUUUGCCAAGCAUCACCCCUCCGACCAAAGUUGCACGGUCCUCCCCAGCGUUACCGCCCUCCUGUCCGCCCCGACGGUCUCGGACACGGUCGUUGCCAUGGUGAUGGAGAUCGUGCAGAGCCUUCUCAUGGAGGACGAUCCCGAGAUGGAAGAUGACGGGGAGAGGUCACUGGAGGUCAAUGACCUACUGGAGGUCAAAUUGGAGAGUAAACAGUUCACAGAACCUCCGAGUCUGGGAACCAGGCUUCUCCUCCCCCACGUACCAGCCGUCCUUACAUACCUCAGCUCAUCUGUUGGGAAAAGCACCCAGAGGAAGGGAGAGCGGAGCAGUCUACCGAUGAAGGAUCUUAACAUCAUCUCAAAGAUAAGCUUGUAUGUCAGUGACCCCGAGCAGAGUGCAAUGCUGGUCGGCCUUCUACUUCCAAUCUUACAAAGGACAAACGAAAGGCAUGAGACCACUGAGUUGGAUAUCCUUCACACGGUCAAGAAUGUGAUCAAACAGUGUCUUACUCCUGCAGACUUCUUAGGCCUACUCUCCCGACUAUUUUACCGUCUGACGUUCCGGCAGUCCAGAGCAGCUCUUUGUGACGUCUUCACCGCGAUGUCCGAUACGGACCCCACCAUGGCCGACAUUGCCCGUCUCAUGAGGCAGCUCAACUCCUGGGAUCGGAAACACGUGGACGAACGCGACUACUCGUACCGACUGGCUGGAUUCAGAUUGGCCAAUGAGAGACUCGCAUCCAUGGAAACCAUCGACGUGGUGUUCCUUACGCCUGUGAUGUACAACUGUCUCUAUAUGAUCAUGAAGAUUGACGACAUGUCGAUGCGAGAUAACUCCUCCUACUUCCUGAAGGCUCUGGUGACGAAGCUAGCAACCGAGGAACCUGAUAGAGAGCAUUCAAACUUUGACAAUAUCAUCACUCACAGACUCGCCCCAGCCAUAAGAGAAUCGCUGAGAUUAAAAUCAGAGAAUUCCAGGCACGAGAUGAUAGGACUUCUGUCGGACAUUGUCAAACUAUUCCCGAAUCAUCCGCAGUUCCAGUGCAUGGGAAUCCUACACGAUGAGGACAUCGAGAAAGACUUCUUUGAGAAUAUCAGACAUAUACAGCACCAUCGCCGCAUGAGGGCAUUGCGCCUUCUAGCACUUCACGCCAAACAAGGCGAUUUCACACACAGCGCCCUCUAUCAGUUUCUCUUGCCAAUGGCAACGGCGAUCAUCUUUGAUCCAGUGAUCUCGGCCAAGAAUCCCAACUUGGUGAUUGAGGCGAUCGGCGCAGUGGGAGCCGUCGCUAGCCAGUUGCCUUGGCGAUGGUAUUACCUGUUGCUACAGCAGUAUUUACGGCUGGUCACAAAAAGCAUCGACCAACAGAAGACAGCCGUCAGGUUGGUUGUCGCAGUCUUGGACUCGUUUCAUUUUGAUCUGUCACUCUCCGAAGGUGUUGAAAAUGUACAAGUUGGAAAAACAUCCACCAAGAAUGAGCCACCUCCGUCAGAAAAUUCAGCAGAAGAUAAAACCGGAAAAGAAAAUAAGAAGUCUGAAGUAGCGAAAACUUCCUCUGAUAGCGAUGAUGAAAACAACGAUGAAGAUGACGAGAAAGAGGUUGAAGAAGGUGAUAUCAAUGAAGAUGAUGAGAAGGAUACCGAGAAGGAGGUUGACAAGCAAAGAGGCCAAGUUACCAUGGCAACCAAGAUACAUCGUAUCAUCGUGGCUAGCAUCCUGCCCAAACUGCACAAGACUCUUACAAAGAAGGCUAAGAGCGACGAGCAUCACAAGAAAGCUCGCUUUGCCGUCGCAGAGGAUGAUGAGAUUCUACGAGUCCCGAUCGCCCUGGCCAUGGUCAAGCUCCUACAGGCCCUGCCCAAGAAGACCCUCCACCAGAACCUCCCCAACGUCUUGAUCAAGGUGUGUCAGAUGCUGAAGAGUAGAGCCAAGGAUGUCCGAGACGUCAGCCGGGACACGUUGGUGAAGAUUCUGGCGUCUCUCGGCGUCGGGUACUUCUCUUUCAUCCUGAAGGAACUCAGACAUGCCUUAACAAGAGGCUAUCAGCUUCACGUGUUGAGUUUCACCCUCCAUGCACUCCUCUAUAGCUCCAUGCCGACUCUACAGCCAGGGAACCUGGAUGCUAGCAUCAGCUCAAUGGUGGAGGUUUUCAACAAAGAACUUUUUGGGGUGGUUGCCGAGGAAAAGGAAGUAGUGGGCAUUGUGGGUAAGCUGGAGGAGGCCCGCAGCAUCAAGGGUUACGACUGCUAUGAGAUGGUAGCUAAGGUCAUAGGUCAGGGUUCAUUGACCCGACUUAUUCUCCCACUGAAAGAGAUUCUAGAAACCUCUCACAGCCACAAGGUUGUCCGUAAGGCCAGCGAGGUUCUGAAAUACGUAACCAUGGGACUGAUCAAUAAUCCAGGGAUUACGGUGGACUCCAUGUUAAUCUUUAUCCAUGGACUGGCUACCGAGACCAUCCCAUUAAUGACACCCCUGGAAAGGUCAAAGGGCAAAGUGAAGCCUCCACCAGACCCUAGAGCCGCCCCUGAGAGUACGUACCUCUUACUCCCUGCCCCAAAGAAGGGCGGAACGACCCCACAGGUCAGCAUCAAGACCAACAUGUACCUCAUCGUUGAGUUUGGACUUCAGUUGCUGCACAUGAACUUGAAGAGAUCCAAGUUGUCGCCUUCCAACCAACAACACCUUCAGAUGUUGGAUCCGUUUGUUGGAAUUCUCCUACAGUCACUCACAUCCAAGUACACAAAGGUGACGGUUGUCGCUCUCCGCUGCGUCAAAUGGCUGCUGCGCUAUCCUCUGCCCUCUAUCGAUAAAAGCGCAGUCAAACUAACAAAGACGCUUUUUAAAAUCCUCAACGAGUACGCCACUGCAGGAGCAGCCAAGGGUGCCAACUUUGACAUUGUUGUGUGCUGCUUCAAGGCUGUAACCGUGCUAGUCCGUGACGUUAAGCAGCAUACCAUUGAUGAGAAGCAGCUACAGGUAUUACUGACCUACGCUGAGGAGGACAUGCAUGAUCACACCAGGCAAGCCACUGCAUUCGGCUUACUCAAGGCUAUUAUGUCCAGGAAGUUGAUUGUUCCAGAGAUGCACGACGUCAUGAAGAAGGUCGCUCAGCUGUCCAUCACAUCAGGGAGUUCAUCCGUCAGGCUCCAGUGCAGACAGGUUAUUAUGAGCUUUCUCCUUGACUAUCCACUGGGUAAAAAAGUCAGAGGUCACAUUGAGUUCUUUGUCAGCCAGCUGAAUUUUGAGCUCCAGACGGGUCGUGAGUCGACCCUCGAGAUGUUGGCAACGAUCUUCUCAAGUUUCCCGCAGAAAACCUUGGAGCAAUACGCCGGGAUGUUUUUCAUUCCCAUGGCGACAAGGCUCAUCAAUGAUGAAUCUGCUAAGUGCCGUAAGCUGACUGCUCUGGCCAUCAAGUCUUUACUUCAGAAGAUACGAAUCGACAAGAGAGAUGAGCUGUUCGCCAUGACAACGCACUGGCUUCAAGACAAGAAACCAUCCCAUCAACGUCUAGCAUCCCAACUGUGUGGGAUCUUCGUCGAGGCAGAGGAGGAAGGGUUCCAGCGUCGGUUGGACACUGUGCUACCGCAGAUUGUUGAGCUUAUCCGACCGGAGACUUCGAAAAAGGAGUCGCCCGAGGAGAUUGAGGAUGAGGUAUCGAUGGAGGAGAGACACAGCGAUCACAUGUUGUUCAAUCUACUCUCGGCACUCGCUAAGAUGUUCAAGUGUUGCUCGCUCAUCGGCAGCAGAGUUCACACCCAAACCAUGAACGCAAUCUGGGAAUCUAUCCAGACUCAUCUCCUUCAUCCCCACACCUGGGUGCGUCUUGUUUCGGCCCAACUCUUUGGCGAACUGUUUGCCUCCAAACAACCAGACAGCUUGGCCAAAGCCUUGCUAAAGAAGUCUUGUACCCAGACUGAUCCUAAUGAGAAGAGGGUCGGAGCCAACCCGAAGAGAAAGCGGAAGGCUGUGGAGGUUGGGGAAGAGGAGAGGGGCGGGGGCGGAGUCAGAGAAGAGGGGCAGGAGUACCCGUUCAACCACGGACCGGACGUCAUACGGGAUUUAGUCUGUAUCUUCUGCUCCCAACUGCAAUCUCAUUUUAUUGACAAGAAACUCAGUGAUCAGGUUGUAAGAAAUCUGGUCUUUGUCGGGAAGGUCGUUCGUCACUUAAACCCAGAUGAAGGUCUUAUACCGGAUACUGGAGAUGAAAAUCUUGACGACGAUGAAGAAGAGGUCACUGAUGACCUCCCUCAAACACAAGAGGGCAGCACCACCAACAAGAGAACGCUUGAGACGACGCAUUUUGUGUCUAAUCUGAGUUGGAUGAUUAGGAAGAUGUGUCGGAUCGCGUCGUCGGAGGCCGCCAAGAGUCCCAAGAAGACAUUGAAGAGGAAUUGCGUCAUCAAGUGGCUGGCGGCAAUCUCAGUGGAUGUUGGAGGAGAGAGGUUGAAGCCUCAUCUUAAACAGAUCUUAAAACCAAUGUGCCGAGAGAUUAGUGACACAAAGUCGCACGAAGAUAACGAUUUAAGAACACUAUGCCAGGAGGCACUGGACCUGAUCAAGAGCCUAGUGGGACUGGAAACCUUCUCUCACGCCUACGCAGACGUCCAACGAGACAUCACAAAAGCCAGGAUUGAGCGGAAACAGAAGAGAGCGUUACAGGCUGUCGCAGACCCUGUCCAGGCAGCCAAGCGCAAAGAGAAAAAGCACCAGAACAAAAAAGAAUCCAAGAAAAGACGAAUCCAGCAGAUGAGACCAACAUAUCAGUUGGGGAAGAGACCCAGGCUAGGCGAGGGUAAAUAGAGAGCCAGGCUAAUCGAGGGUACCUAGACUCAUCAAGCAGUGUAUCAAUACAAAAAAUGAAUAAGGAAAGAGUCAGGCUAGGCGAGGGCAUCUAGACUCAUCAAGCAGUGUAUCAAUACAAGAAAGG